GGGAAGCAACAACUGACAUCUCUGAUCUUAACUGUGUGCGUCACUCCCUCUCUGGUUCCUGGGAAUCCACAGAAAGGAAACUGAUCCCAGGUCUGCGAGCAGAUGAGGGCUCUUAGUUUGUCAGAUGUAAUGAGAACAAUUUCCGUUCCUCUCUCAGGCAACUGCUGCUCGGUCACACACAGAAAGGAGCUGUAUAGAUAAGGUUCAGUCAGACCACAGGACAGUUCAGCCACCACUUCCUCAUCAAGAAUCGAAGCAGAGCAACAUGAGUUUCCUGUGACGCCACGCUGUCUCUGGUCAAUUAGUGUAGCUGUUUGCAUCCCUCCUCCUCAGACAGGCUGUUGAGUACAUCUACUGUUGCCAGCGGAGAGUUUCUCCCCAGGAAGACUCAGAAACACCUCCUGCUUAUUCAGAUCUAUGUUGGAGAGAUCUCUGAUGUUGUUUCCAUGACGUUUGAGUUGAACCAGGACAUACAACCAUGCUUCAGCAGCCGGAGCUCAUCUUUGACUUCGCCAGCGACCAUUUUAACUCAUCGCAGAUGGGGAGUUAUCUGGAGUACCCUGCAGUAGUUGUGGAACAGGUUCCUCAUCAACACCUGCUGUCAUACACUGGUCUGACCGAUGAACAGUCACAGACAGAGGAUCACCAUGAGCUACUUAAAGUGGAGCCAUGUGAGAGCGGAGAGGAGGAGACCAUGGAGACGCUUGUUGCUGCUGACUCGCUCCUUAACAUGGACUGCGUUGACACUCUCUCCCUGGAACAGCACUACUCCCAGGCUUUCUUACCCUCUCUGAGCGAUGUCAUCACCGCUCCCGUUACCCAGGUAACCGUGUCCGCCGAGGGGGUUGUAGGAGCCAUUGACCAGUCGCAGUGGUUGAACGGAGAAAGGCCCGCGGCGCAGCUGCAGUCUAAAAAGAGGGGUAAAAAAGCUCGACAUCGGAGGGCAGAGUCUCCUACACCAGAUAUAAAAGUAAAAAAGGACAAAUACAACAAAGGAGGGAACACCCUCUACCUGUGGCAGUUUCUGAUGGAGCUGCUGCAGGACAGACAGGUCUGUCCUCGUUACAUCAAAUGGACCGAUCCGCAGGCGGGCAUCUUCAAGCUGGUCAACUCCAAAGCAGUGGCCAGGCUGUGGGGCAAACACAAGAAUAAACCAGACAUGAAUUAUGAGACCAUGGGAAGAGCGCUCAGGUACUACUACCAGAGGGGCAUCCUGAACAAGGUUGAGGGCCAGCGCCUCGUUUACCAGUUCACCUCUCUGCCUGAAGACAUGGUCUACAUCACAGAUGGAGACUGCGGCAAAGAGGAGGAAGACGACGACCACGACAGAAGUGGAAACGAUGAAGGCCUGAGUGACAGCUCCGUCUCUAGUGACCAGUCUGCUGGAGAAGAGGAGGAGGAAGAGGAAGAUGAUGAGGAGGAUUCCCAGCCGCCGCUGAAGAAAACUCUGCUGGUCUCUUCGCGGGCCACGCCAACACCGCGCCCCAGAUCGGCUCCCAAGCUAUCGGCUCAGCGCGACACCGUCCUGCGGCCCGCCGGCACCAGCCUGAUCCAGGAGCAGCACCUGCCCAUCGUGUCGGCCGAGAUGCUGAGGACGCUGCAGAACCUGCAGAAGGUCCGCUCCCUUCAGCCCGCCGGGCAGGCGUCCGUCUUCAAGACGGCUCAGCUGCUGGGGAGUCUGUGCGAGCGGCAGGCUGCGACUGAAACGGAGGGUAAAGGGGUGCAGCGGAGGUCCCCGUCUUCACACCUGGUGCCUCCAACAAGCUCCCACCAGUGAAUACAGAUAGAACCUCUGCUUUACCUUCAGACACACAUACGCCCGGUCACUCCACUGACUCAGGAACUCUUCCACAGCUGUACUUUGCUGCAACACCUUAAUGCUAAAACGAAAAAGCAAAACUUUUUCAUCUAGAUUUGUUUUUUCCUUCAUCCAAGGCAUGAAUUCGAUGUCUCUUUAUCAUCUUUAUUCAGACAAUAUUUGCAAAAAGUCCAGAUGGACUUCAAGGUGAUAGAGCCUUAGAAGAUGUCCUUUAAUUUGUACACUUUGUUGUAUUUUGUAUCUCUAAGCUACUCAAGACACCAAAGACAGACAUGCACUGGAAUCCACAGCCUCUCUGCAGCUCCUGCAGACACAUCCUCUGCUUGCACUUCCAACUUCAGGUUUCCUGGAGUCAUUUAUUACGCAAUCACUCUAUUUUUCACUUCUCUUUUUUUUUAAAUCAUAUUAUUUAAUGUAUGAUCACAUGCUGAAUCAUUCCUUUGCCUUCAAAGCAGCUUAUUUUGCACUAUGAUCCUCACUCUGCUGUAUGUUUCUUCUCUAAGUGCCUGAAAGUCUUGAUCCCGCUUUUCUCUUUAUCUGAUAAUCAUGGGAUUAGUAAGGGAAAACACAUUCCAUACUAUUAUUAUUAUUAUUAUUGUUGUUAUUGAUAUUACUGUGGUUUUUUAUGCUAUAUGAAUUUGUAUUGUGAGAUGUUAAAACAAGGGAUGGCUUUUUGCUGCUGUUAAAUGUUUGGCCCUUCUUUUCUUGACAAUCACAAGUGAAGUGCUUCUUAUAAUGAAUUUGCAUUGUAACUGUAAAGUCUCACUGCAUAUAUAAGCCUUGGUAUCUACACAGGUUGUAUAUUAUAUUCUGUAUGUUUGAUUGUGCUCCUGCUCCGUUGCCAUACCCAUAUCUCCUCCCCUCAGGUUCAUUUAUUUUUCUACUCUGCAGCGACCGUGUCCUCUGUGCGAGGAGUUUAACGGCCGACUGUUGAUAAUGAAGUAAUUAUUCCAGAGUUUCCUCCUGUCUUAGUCUUAAUGUAGCCUCUCAAAGCCAGCCUGCAACAUUCACCUCACUCUGGCUUUAAAUUCUGCUCUGCAGGAGCAAGGCUGCCGUUUGUCAGGCUAAACGUGGUUAGGAGAUGCUGACGCAAUGACUGUGCCUUUGCCUGUAGGGAGCCGCUAUGCAAAACUGCUUCUCACUUUAUUAAGCCAUUUGUCUCUGAUUCUCCUCACCUGCCCUUUCUUGCUGUCUCCUGGUGCUGUUUUUAACAGUAUAGGGCCAAAGCUUUAGGCAGAGGAUGACAGAUUUUCUGUUGCCUUCUUUCUUGUGUAUGUUUCCUUUAAUGUUUUCCAAAGAAGUGAAUAAAAUAAGACAAA